AUCAAGUGUUACUGAAGCUAUUGGACCAGUUGGCAGGCAGGUUUAGUGAGAUAGUACGUAAUAGAGAAAUUGUGUCGUGAAUAGAGUGGAAAGGUAAGGUUGUUUCGAUCGGUAGAAAAGAAACGCGAUUGCCGAGGCAGUCGGGCGAGAGACCGAGCUCCGAGAGGAUCGAAACGUAAGACGAAGGAGUAGAAAGGGAAAGAAGGAGGAGCGCGUGCAUCGUGUAGGAAAAAGUUGGAAGACGCAUUGUUAAUCAAAAGGUUGGUGAAGUUUGAACGGUAACGAGGAAACAACGUAGAAAAAUGUUUCACGUAAGGAGACUUGCAAGAUCUUCGAUCGCCUUGAAGCAAGUACCGAGCAAUGACAUUAUUCGCAACACACUGAUACGUGUCGUACCGGCGUUUCAAACACGCGGUUACGCCGAUCAUCAGAUACCCGAUCGUCUGAAGAAUAUUCCCGAGGAUGCGAACCCAAAAUUUUUCGAUAUGGUCGAGUACUUUUUUCACCGAGCUUGUCAAAUCGUCGAGGACAAGUUAGUGGAGGAUAUCGGGAAACGCUCGAGGAUGAGCGUGGAAGAGAGGAAGAAAAAGGUGAAGGGUAUCUUAAUGCUAAUGGAACCAUGUGACCAUAUCCUCCAAACCACUUUUCCCGUGAGACGCGAUUCAGGAGACUACGAAAUGAUCACUGGCUACCGCGCUCAACAUUCAACGCAUAGAGUACCCUGCAAAGGAGGUAAAAAACCAGAGAGAACAGGUGGUAUUCGUUUUUCGAUGGAUGUCUCGCGGGACGAGGUGAAAGCCUUAUCGGCGCUAAUGACUUUUAAAUGUGCCUGCGUGGACGUCCCGUUUGGCGGAGCUAAAGCCGGUAUCAAGAUUAAUCCGAAACAAUAUUCGGAACAUGAGCUCGAAAAGAUCACGAGAAGAUUCACGCUAGAGCUUGCGAAAAAAGGAUUUAUCGGACCCGGCCUCGACGUUCCUGCGCCAGACAUGGGAACUGGAGAACGUGAAAUGUCCUGGAUCGCAGACACAUACGCCAAAACUAUAGGCCACUUGGAUAUCAACGCCCACGCGUGUGUGACCGGAAAGCCUAUCAAUCAAGGUGGAAUUCAUGGACGCAUUUCUGCGACAGGGCGUGGUGUGUUUCACGGACUGGAGAACUUCAUCAAGGAAUCGAAUUAUAUGAAGAUGAUCGGCAGCACACCCGGUUGGGAAGGGAAGUCUUUCAUUAUACAAGGUUUCGGUAACGUUGGUCUACACUCGAUGCGCUACUUGCACCGUGCCGGUGCUUCCUGCAUAGGGGUAAUCGAACACGAUGGUUCUAUCUAUAAUCCGAAUGGCAUCGACCCCAAGCAUCUGGAAGAUUACCGCAUCGAGAACGGUACUGUUGUGGGCUUCCCUGGUGCUGAAGAGUACAAAGGUGACAAUCUUAUGUACGAACCUUGUGAUAUAUUUAUACCCGCCGCAGUCGAGAAAGUUAUCACGAAAGAUAAUGCCUGUAACAUUCAGGCAAAAAUCAUAGCUGAAGCUGCCAACGGACCGACUACUCCGGCUGCCGAUAAAAUUUUAAUCGAGCGAAAUAUCCUGGUUAUACCAGAUUUGUACAUCAACGCCGGUGGUGUUACCGUUUCUUUCUUCGAGUGGUUGAAGAACCUGAAUCACGUAUCGUACGGCCGUUUGACUUUCAAAUACGAAAGAGAAUCCAACUACCACUUGUUAGAAUCCGUACAGGAGUCGUUAGAACGUAAGUUCAAAAGUCAAAUUCCCGUUACACCUUCCGAGGCGUUCCAGAAACGUAUCUCCGGUGCUUCGGAAAAAGACAUCGUCCAUUCCGGUUUAGACUACACCAUGGAAAGAUCCGCUAGAGCUAUCAUGAAGACGGCUCAGCGAUUCAAUCUGGGAUUGGACUUGAGGACAGCAGCUUACGCUAAUUCUAUCGAAAAGAUAUUUACCACGUACUCCGAAGCAGGUCUUGCGUUUUAAACGUAAAGUAUUGUCUUUAUAUCAGUGGAAAGUUUAAAUCGCAUAAGUGGGGAACCGCAAGAAAUUCUCGAGCCAGUAUUUUAAAAACUAUCUUGUCCAGUGUUGUUCAGUUCAAGGAAGACUAAAACUAGCAGUGGAAAUAUAUCGUGUACUUAUAUGAUCGCAUGCUAGUCGUUCUUCGAACACGUACAUAUAUAAAAAUUUGCCUAACGAACGUUCUCUUGCACGAAUCAAGUAUACGACGCGUAUGUACACCACCCACCACCAGUGCACAAGUCGAACGUGCGAGCUAUGCGUUAUCAGUGAAUUUGGAACAAAGUAUUUUCACGUAUUUUUCUCAACUGAAAUUCAUUCUGCAAACUAGAUUGUGAAACACUUUUUAAAAUCGGUAUAUUCGGUGGAUAUAUUUAAGAAAAGGUCGAUCGAUCGUUUGUUAAUUCCAAUCCCCCCCCCCGAAUAUACAGAUUUGCAGUAUGUUAGUAUUUACGGAGAGCAGCGGAGACUCGUUUCUACAACCGAAUUCGAAAGCACCAUGUGUAUCAUACAGUAAUAUUGUUAUACAUUCGAAGGGUAUGCCAAUA